UUUUAAAGGAAACUUGUGAUAUCGAUUCAGUAGAUAAACUUGUCCGGCAAAUGAUUUGAAUAUGCAUUUUUGACAGUCUCCAUAGUUAGUAUAUCUAAGUGAAAUGAAUAAAAGCAGUUGUUAACUUUGUCUAAUGUGGUUAUCUACGACGUAGAUGUGGUUCUUGGCUGACUUAUGUGCAAAGACAUUUUGAACUCUUAUGUUUUACUGGGAAAAUAGAUAAUCACAAUUAAAAUUACAAUUUUUGAAGUUGAAAAUUUAUCAUGACCUUUUUCUUGGCGGGCGAUGUCUAAAUAAAUACAAUAUGGCAUUAUUAUCUGGCCCUAUAAUAUUAUAUGCAUAAUUGUAUUUUAAACCUUUUUCAAUUUCUAAUUGUGUUUUAUUUUGCUAGCUAAACUCAUUAGUACUUAAAAAUGACUACUCCAUUUAAUACUGAUUAUAACUCUACAGAAAGUAAUUCUUCAUAUGCCAGAGUUGUGUUAAAUUUCAAAGACAAUAUUGCCACUGAACCCUGCAUUGAAUCACAAACAAAUGUUUCUAAUAAUCCAGUUCUGCAAUCAAAUAAUAACUCUAGAGCACGUUAUGGUACCGAAGAAAAUUUUACAACAGUAACAUCAUACAGUAGAAAGCUGCGUAAGAAUGGAAAGAAAAAGUCUGUUGAGCAUAAGGAUAUAAUAAAAGAUAGCAGAAAUGUUCGAGAAGCUUUAGAAAACCAAACUUCCAAGAGCUCUAGUCUCCAUAAGGUGGAUUGUGCCAUGGAAUGUGAAACUUCUAAAUCUGGUGAUAAUCAAAGCUUUGAUAAACUAGACCCUUCAAAAAAAUUUGUUGAAGCCCCAUUGCCAAAAGUCAACGUGUGGCAGGUUCAUUCAUCUCAAACUGCAAAUUGCUUAUCCAAGGGCCAUUCAGAAGGCAAGUCUCCCCGUGACGGCGCAGAGAAAUUUGAAGAUAUUGACGAAAAUAAACAAAACAAUACCGCCAAUACUAAAACUGUACGAAAUCAAGCGGAUCCUGUGAAAAGACUAAGAGAGAAUAUAAAUGAUGGCAAUAAAUCGAGGACCGGACGAAAUGCAACAAAGUCUGCAGAUGUGGUUUCGAAUUUGAUAGCAUCAACCCAACCCCUUGUUGUUAAAGCAAAUGCAGAUAAAAGAAAAUACAAUUAUAAGGCAAGCAACUUCUCAGAUAUGGGUGACUGGCCAACAUUAGGCAAUAUGAACGUUGAGAAACGGAGCGGUGUUGGCCUUGGAAGUAAUUCUGGAAAUAAUCUGCCCUUGAAUGGACACCCACAAAAUGAGGAGGAAGAAAAAAAUAAGACCAAGAAAAUCCCAAAACCGAAAUGGGUUCCUUUAGAAAUUAAUGUCAAAAGUCGAAACAAUAGGCGUGAAGAUUUGCUAAAAUAUAAUAAUGUUUCGCAAGAGAGUAAUAAUGCGAGAAGUGGAAAUGGCGUUGCCAGUAACCAUCGAAGGGGCGCGCGAUUGUCGGCUCGCGGUAUGCAUUUUGGAUCGAGACGGAUUGCACAAAUUAGUGGCAGGGGUUAUACGAACGAUUUGGGGAAGAUGUAUGAAAAUAUAAUUUUGCUUGAUGGCAAGAGAUCUACUGAUGGUGAUUUAGUGGACUAUUCUACUUAUUCAGACUCCUUGAACAAAGCAAAGCCGGUAGUUCUGACAACUGGCAGUGAAAUGCAACGAUUUAUGAUGCCGUACAUAGGAACGUUUUAUUUUAACGCAAUUAACAAUAUAGAUACUACAUCACUUAAAGAGUGCAUUAAAAAACAGAUAGAAUAUUAUCUUAGCGAAGAGAAUUUGGAAAAGGACUUUUUUUUGCGUCGAAAAAUGGACUGUGAAGGUUUUUUGCCUAUUACAUUAAUUGCAUCAUUUCAUCGCAUUCAAGCGCUGACUACAAAUAUCGCGAUAAUCAUAGAAUCUAUCAAAGAUUCCACAAAAAUUGAACUAGUUGAUGGGUUCAAAGUUCGAACGAAAGUUGAACCAACUAAAUGGCCUAUUCUUGAUCCUAAUAUGGGAAACAGUGAUAACAAGGAUAUUGAUACAAACCGCUAUAUGACUAAUAGAGAUACUGUUAUUAAUGCGAUGUUUAAUAACAUUCAAAUUUCAUCAAGUGUGGACAAUACCAUGAUUAUUCCUAUAGCUAAACCUUUACCAAGCGUUCCUUCGCCACCAUUGCCAAGAAAUUUUCAAACUCUGGCUGCACCAAAAUCAGGUGCACUACCUCCGGAGCAGCUGAUUUCGGCACUACCGGUACAAGAGGCAUCUUUACCGGAGAAUUUGAAACCUGAAAUUUCAGAAAUUGUUCCUGAUACAGAUUUUACUGACGUUGAGACAAUCGAUCGAGUGACAAAUGUAUGGAAAGAGGUUAAAAGACGAUCUAAGUCCAGUGCCAAGGAGCGCAACACAGAAGAAAGCCGCGAUAGGAUUGUGUCAGAAAACGUGAAUGUAGCGACUAUAGAACGUGAGGAAUUAGAUUUCCAAUUUGAUGAGGAGUUAGAUGUUUUGACAGGGCGGGCCAAUCACUUUACUGACAACUGGUCCGACGAAGAUUCAGAUUACGAAUUUAGCGAUCGCGAUAUAAGUAAGUUAUUGAUUGUCACUCAAGUACCUUCACAUGGAGGAGGUGUACCUGGCGGCACACGCAUUACUAAACAUGAGGGACAUGAUAGAACAGGAGAAUGGGCGUCAAGAGUUAAAAUUAGUCAAGAAAUUGAGCAGGCUAUCAAUGAUGGACUUUAUUAUUAUGAGAAAGAUCUGUGGACAGAGAGAAAUAACAGGGAUCGCUCAUCGACAAACAGUUACAAAACAGUAAAUCUUAUUACACAAGAAGAUUUUGAGAAACUUAUUCCUAAAACAAGCCGCAUUCAAAAUCCAGAAGUGCCUCCACCUCCGCCUCCAACAUUUGCGGAACAUAACAGUAAGAACAAACUUCAAGCGUCUCUCAGGCGAGCACCACGGUUCUACGCCGUUAACAAAGACGAACUGAUUGAUCCCCGCACACCACGCAAACGCAAAACGCGUCACAUGAAUAAUCCUCCUGUGGAACACCAUGUAGGUUGGAUAAUGGGCGUUAAAGAACACCGACCGCGAACAUCAUCUGCAGGAAGCAGCGCUGGUACAAGUCCAAGUGAAUCGCACCUUGGUUCAAGCUGCGGCAGCAGUGCUCCACAAUCAUUGCCUAUUUUCCAACAUCCAUCACACUCGUUGCUCAAAGAAAAUAAUUUUACUCAGCAAGUCUAUCACAAGUAUCACUCCAAAUGUCUAAAAGAAAGAAAGCGUCUUGGCAUUGGGCAUAGCCAAGAGAUGAACACUCUUUUUAGAUUCUGGUCGUUCUUUUUGAGGGAGAAUUUCAAUGGUACAAUGUACUCAGAGUUCAGAUCAUUGGCUUUAGAUGAUGCUGCAGGUGGUUUUCGCUAUGGGUUGGAAUGUUUAUUCAGAUUCUAUAGUUACGGCCUGGAACGAAAAUUUAGACCUCAUUUAUACGUUGAUUUUAUGACAGAAACAAUAAAAGAUUAUGAAUCAGGGCAAUUGUAUGGACUUGAAAAGUUUUGGGCUUUUUUAAAGUACUAUAAGCACAGUGAAAAACUUCAUGUUGAACCGAAACUCAAGGAAUAUUUGACACAGUUUAAGACGAUUGAUGACUUCAGAGUAAUGGAGCCUGUUUUAAAUGAAAUGUUGCAAGGCGUGGGGGCUUUGAAAAGAUAUCCAGCAAAAAGGAGACAUCGUUCAAUUUCUGAUAGCGAAGGUGCGACAACAGAUACGGCAGCACAGACUUCAGUCAGAACUACUUUUGGAGUACGGCCUAGACGCUACUCUGGAGGCAACGGGCCACCAAUUGAAAUUAAAAUCAGAAAUAGAUCUGACUUCGCUGGUAAGCAGCCAAGCAAAUUAAGCACUAAUAGUUGUUAUCAUGCUCGGGCACAAUUGAUUGGUUCUGGAAAGGUACAUUCAGCAUCGGAUGAAGAAAGAGCCGGAGGUAAUGCGAAAAGUAAUUCUGAAAGGCAAUCAAGCAAAAUACUAGUUGGACCAAGUAGUUCUAAUGACAAAUCCAAAUAAUGUUUCAAUUAGCGAGAAUAUCAAUCAAAAGCGGAUAUCAGUAAUAUUUGAAUGAAAUCAUUUAUGCUACUAUAUAGUCCACACUGAAGAUUGUUGUAUAAUAUAUAUUGGUUAUUUGGCUGAUUAGAUGAAAAUAGAUAUAAGUAUAUAUUAUUGUUAUAAUAAUUUUAUCUGUAAUUAAUACUUAGAUCUAGUUCUGUGUUUGAGAUUGAUAUAAUUUCACCAAGAAUUAAUUAAAUUAAUCAUUUGCAUACUUGACAUACUUAUUAAGUACAAUGUCAAAAUCAACUUUGGGAAACUA